AUGUGGGUCUCUUCAAAGCUUCUGUGUCUGUACGCUUUCAGUGCAACUGCUAACGCGGACACCUAUAUGGGCCAACCGUUGAAGUUCUACAAAGGAAUGAGAUUCCCGUGGAAUAUUAAAGAAGCCCCCGAAAGCUAUGACCACACGAUUCCGACUGUCAACUAUACUUGGGACUGGUAUUUUGAAUACCUUGUCAAGUCUGGUGCGGAUAGUUUUCAGCUCGGCGGAUAUGCAAUCGAAGAGAGUAAAGUCGUGUUGGAGCCUGAUUUCUACGACCCUUGGAAUAUAACUGGUUUCAUGUCUCUGAGGAAGCAGGUGGAUGCUGCAGGGGGAGAGAUACUUGCUGACACGCGGUUCUAUUUGGACUAUGGGAAUAACACCUUUGAUAAAGCUACUUUCUUGAAGAGUGCCAGCGAGUUCCUGAAAGAUUACCCUGUUGACGGUUUUCAAGUGGGUUUGAGCCUGCCGACUGAUCCCAAACAAUACCAACCUCUGAAGGAGCUCAUCGAGGCAAUCAAGGAGCUCAACGUACGGGCAUGUUUGGAGUGA